UCGCCAUCGUCCGAUGCGGCGCUCACCGAGUUGUUCAUAUCCGGGCAAAAGCUCCGUCAAGGGCUGGAACCAUCCAAUUGCCAGUGAUUUUGUAGGAAAAUGAAAUACGAGCCCUCGUGAGCGGGUCUUCCCCAGGAAUCGAUCUAUUUCGUGAAGAGAAGGUGAAUGUGGCGAUCUGGGGAAAGUAGAUAUGGGAUAUAAAGCGCGUAAUUGAACUCUCCAGAUUACGCCCGCCCCAGCGUGUCGUCUGCCUGCUGGCCCUUGUUUCUUUGGCAGAGAAUUUUGGCAGCCGUCAAGAUGCGUACUUCAACGCUGCUCCCCGUUCUUCUUUUCAAUGGCUCAUCCAUUGCGAGCCCAGCGGGUUCCUCAUCUGUGAUCCAGACUCCAGCUCAAUCGAGUCCAUUGUCGUCUGAAAACAAUGGACCGGCAAUUAUACCAGCGCUGAGUGCUGGACAGGAUCAGCAGCAGACUUCAACGUCACUUGCACCAGCAGCUCAAACAUGGGAGGCCAAGCAUACUCCCAUAGCGGUUGCACCGGCAGCUUCACCGGUCGAGUCAAGUAACAGUCCGGCAAAUGCAGCCUUCACGGUCCCAUUCAGUACGCAGGGAACUCCACUGGCAGUGCCAACUGAGGCGCCUGGGAGCAACUCCCAGCCAGCUGCCACAUCCUCGCAGGAGCCCUCGUCAACUCAGAGUCCGCCACCGAGUGUAUCAUCCAUCUUAUUCCCGCCCGGCACCUCUAGUAACCCUCUUACAGACAUCGCCAACUUCCUGCAAGGUAUUAGCGGCCUCCUGUCGCCGACCUUGUUACAGGACAUCGAGUCUUUCUUCCACCACAUCGCCUAUCUACUCGAUGACAAGACCACAGACCAGACAAAAUCUCUAAUAAACACUGCAUCUACCUUGUUGACGCCUGAUUUGAUCAACGAGGUCACUGGUCUCUUGCGUAACGCAAACUCCCUCUUGACACAGGAUUUUGUUAAAGAUACGCAACAAGUGAUUGGAGCCGUGGCACCAGUGCUAACUCCUCAGCUGCUGAAGGAGGUUGGCGGUCUGGUUACCAAUGCGAACAGUCUGCUUACGCCUGAAAAUGUCAAGAACAUUGGCGGUCUCAUCAGUGGCGCAGGCCCGCUAUUGACUCCUAGCUUCUUCAACAAGGUCGGAGGGGUCUUGGACAACGCAAACGAGCUGUUGACACCUGACUUCGUCAAGGAUACCAAGGACUUGAUCAGCGGAGCGGGACCGUUGCUGUCACCCUCAUUCUUCAACAAGAUCGAAGGCGUUUUGGAUAACGCAAACGACCUGUUGACACCUGACAGUGUGAAGGAAAUCAACGGUCUCCUGAAUAACGCUAACGAACUGCUGACACCCGGAUUCGUCAAGGAUACCCAGGGCUUGAUCAGCGGAGCAGGGCCGUUGUUGUCACCUUCGUUCUUCAACAAGGUCGGAGGCGUUUUGGAUAAUGCAAACGACCUGUUGACACCCGAUAGUGUCAAGGAAAUCAACGGCCUGCUCAACAAUGCUAAUGAGUUGUUGACCCCCGAGUUCGUUAAGGAAACUAAGGGACUCAUCGGCGGUGCUGGUCCACUUCUAUCACUUUCAUUCUUCAACAAGGUUGAAGAUGUCCUGGACAAUGCGAAUACCUUGUUGACACCGGGCUUCGUCAACGAAACGCAAGGCUUAAUCGGGGCCGUGGCUCCAGUAGUCACACCGGAUCUCUUCAAGCAGGUCGAAAGUGUCCUGAACAAUGCAGAUGAUCUUCUGACGCAAGACUUCGUCAAGGAAACAAAGAGCCUAGUCGGCACAGCGUCCACAGUGCUAACACCAGACCUCUUGAAGCAGGUUACAGGCCUAUUGGAUAAUGCCGACGACUUGCUGACACCCGAUUUUGUGAAAGAUACUCGGGGCUUGAUCACCACUGUGGCUCCAGUGUUGACCCCAGCCGUUCUCAAGGAAGUCGAUAGCCUCUUGCUGAACGCCAACUCGCUGUUGACUCCAAGAUUUGUGAAUGAGACACAAGGCUUGAUUGAUAAUGUCUCUCCCGUUUUGACGCCAGAAGUCCUGGGUGAAGUUGGCGCUAUCCUGACCAACGCCAAUGCCCUGUUGACCUCCAAGUUCGUUAAAGAAACCCAAGACUUGAUUGAAAACGCCGGACCAUUGCUUGAUACUGUGGGCCCAGCACUCACACCGGAUGUUCUCAAGCAAGUCAGUGGCCUCUUAACUGGUGCUAGCAACUUGUUGACUCCCACAUUUGUCAACGACACGAGAGAACUGGUUGAAGAAGUAGCACCAGUCAUCACCCCGGAUCUCCUGAAAUCCACUAGUAGUCUCCUGAACAAUGCCAAAGCUCUCUUGACCCCGAAGUUCGUCAAUGAGACGCAGGUGUUGAUUGACGACGUCUCAGACUUGCUACCGACUGUGGUAAAGCUGCUGGGUUCCCUGUGAACAAUUCGAACUUCGCGAGGAACGACCAGCUGGGAUCGAUGUGGAAGAUGCAUUGAACAUUAUGAGUGGAUAGACGUUUUUAUAUGUUUCUGAUAUGAUGAACGCUUCCUGAACGACAUGCGGUGUAGUAUUCGGCAUGAUAACGACUAAUGUAAUUUAAUAUAUGCAAAAAUGAAAAUCCACCAUAUUGUGUCUCGGAGCAGUAUCC